AUGAAGCUCCGAGUCCCCAACCAGGGCCUGGAUGAUAGGAUACUGUCCCAUAAGCAGCUGGACCAGCUGGAGCAUGACGAGGCCGGGGACAGACCCAAAUGGGACAACAAGGCUCAGUACAUGCUGACCUGCGUGGGCUUCUGCGUGGGACUCGGAAAUGUCUGGCGCUUCCCCUAUUUGUGUCAGAGUCACGGAGGAGGGGCUUUCAUGAUUCCCUUUUUAAUCCUGCUGGUCCUUGAAGGCAUCCCACUUUUGCAUCUUGAGUUCGCCAUCGGUCAGCGUUUGAGGCGAGGCAGUUUAGGAGUUUGGUCCUCCAUUCAUCCCUACCUAAGUGGGAUUGGUAUCGCCUCCAUGUGUGUUUCUCUAACCAUCAGCCUGUACUACAACACCAUCAUUGCUUGGAUCCUUUGGUACUUCUUCAACUCUUUCCAAGAACCUCUACCUUGGAGCUACUGCCCGAUGAAUGACAACCUAACAGGCCUGGUCUCGGAGUGUGAAAGGAGCUCCCCCGUGGACUAUUUCUGGUACAGAGAGACUUUAAACACAACCGCGAACAUUAUCAAUGAUGGCGGCAUACAAUGGUGGACGUUGCUAUGUCACAUAUGUGCCUGGUCCGUGCUAUACAUCUGUAUUGUACGUGGUAUCGAGACUACAGGGAAGGCCGUGUAUGUGACGUCAACACUUCCUUAUGUGGUGUUGACCAUCUUUCUGAUCAGGGGAUUGACCCUGAAGGGAUCUUUGAGUGGGCUCAAGUUUCUUUUCACACCGAAUCUUUCAGAGCUGGCGAAGCCCGCAACGUGGAUGAACGCAGGCGCCCAGGUGUUCUACUCCUUCUCUUUGGCGUUUGGCGGCCUCAUCUCCUUCUCCAGCUACAACUCGGUGCAUAACAACUGCGAACAGGACGCGGUGAUCAUAUCCAUCAUUAACGGCAUCACGUCGGUGUUCGCCGCGACCGUCAUCUACACAGUCAUCGGCUUCCGGGCAACGCAACGAUUUGACACGUGCAUGCUGGGUACAUGGCAUUCUCACACUUUUAACGCUUUUCUAUACCAGCUUAUUUUAUUCAUAUGUGUUUGACAUUCCAGGAACAUCCUGACACUACUGAACACAUUUGAUCUUCCCGAGGGCUACGUCACUGACGGCAACUAUACAGAAGCUUUACGACAUCUCAAUGCGACAUAUCCAGAUGUUGUUCAAGGGCUGGAUCUGAGUGGCUGUGAUUUAAAUACCUUUCUCAGUGAGGGAGUUGAAGGAACCGGUUUGGCAUUCAUUGUAUUCACUGAGUCCAUCACUAAGAUGCCCUUCUCCCCCCUGUGGGCCGUGCUGUUCUUCAUCAUGCUCUUUAGCCUUGGACUGUCUUCUAUGUUUGGGAACAUUGAGGGCGUUAUGGUUCCGCUGCAGGACCUCAAGGUUUUUCCCAAGAAGUGGCCCAAAGAGGCUGUCACCGGUGUGACAUGUUUGCUGUGCUGUCUGGUGGGCCUGAUCUUCGUCCAAGGUUCUGGGAACUAUUGGCUUUCACUCUUUGACACCUAUGGGGGAUCCAUACCACUGCUGGUGGUUGGAUUCUGUGAGAUGGUCUCUGUGGUUUACAUAUACGGAAUAGACAGGUUCAACGAUGACAUAGAGUUCAUGAUCGGACACAAACCCAACAUGUUCUGGCAGGCCACAUGGAGAGUCAUCAGUCCACUCAUCAUGAUCUUCAUCCUAAUCUUCUACUUCAUCACCAAAAUCUCCGAAAAUCUGGUCUACAAAGCCUGGGAUCCUGAAUCGGAGAAGUUCCCAACCCUGGAGGAGAAGACCUAUCCACCUUGGAUCUAUGUGAUCAUCUUCAUCCUGGCAGGGAUCCCCAGCAUCGCCAUUCCGGUCAUUGCUGUGUUUAAGUGUUUGAAGGCAAAGACGACAGAGAAGUUACAGCUCCAUCUUCAAAUGAAUGAACCCAAAUGA